AAAAAAAACCUCAAUGUCAUCGAUCUUUCUCCUCCUCUGCACCAUCAAUUCAUACCCAAAACCCUAAAAAAGUAAUCACAAAAAGAACGCAGAGAAAAUGCUAAGUUCGAAGGUCCAUUUCUUGAUUCUCUUGACACUGUGUGUGCCAUACGAACUGAGAGCAGAAGAUUAUGAUUAUCUGAAGGUUCCGGCCAAUGAGUUCGUGAGUUCCAUAAACAUGGCUGUCGAGGUCAUGAGAGAGGUGAGUUCGGUUCUGUCUCAGUUCGGAGAGUUCGGCGGAGAUCUUCGGCUGCAAAACGCGGUCUCGGAUUGCCUCGAUCUGCUCGACUUCUCGUCCGAUGAGCUGAGUUGGUCUGCUUCUGCUUCUCAGAACCCAAAGGGGAAAGGAGAGAACGGGACAGGGGAUGUGGGAUCGGACAUGAAGACAUGGUUGAGUGCUGCUCUCUCCAACCAAGACACUUGCAUUGAAGGCUUCGACGGCACUAAUGGCCUCGUCAAAGCCCUCGUCGCCGGUAGUCUCAAUCAACUAUACUCCAUGCUCCGCGAGCUAUUACCACUCGUUCAACCGGACACGUCAGCCAGGCCGAAGCCCAAUCCGAGGCCCAUUGUCAAACCAGGCCCCACCAGUAAGAGGCCAAGGGGCCCACCAGGCCGCAAACUCAUAAAUACAGACGACGAGAUCCGUCGAUUCCCAGACUGGGUCAGAUCGGACGAUCGCAAACUGCUCGAAGCAAACGACGUUAAAGUCGACGUUACGGUGGCGUUAGACGGGACGGGGGAUUUCACGAAGAUAACGGACGCCGUUAAAGCGGCUCCUGAUUAUAGCAGCAAACGUUUUGUAAUAUAUGUGAAGAAAGGUGUGUAUUCGGAGAACGUUGAGAUCAAGAAGAAGAAAUGGAACCUCGUUAUGAUCGGCGACGGCAUCGACGUCACGGUUAUCUCCGGUAACCGUAGCUUCAUCGACGGUUGGACCACUUUCCGGUCAGCUACUUUCGCUGUGAGUGGGAGAGGGUUUCUUGCGAGGGACAUAACGUUUCAAAACACGGCGGGGCCGGAGAAGCACCAGGCGGUGGCAAUGAGAUCGGACUCAGACCUCUCGGUGUUCUACCGAUGUGCGAUGAAGGGUUACCAAGACACGCUCUAUACACACACGAUGCGUCAAUUCUACCGAGACUGUAUCGUGACUGGAACCGUAGACUUCAUAUUCGGGGAUGCGACCGUCGUAUUUCAAAACUGCCAGAUUUUGGCAAGAAGAGGCUUACCUAAUCAGAAGAACACUAUCACGGCUCAAGGCCGCAAGGAUCCUAACCAACCUACCGGGUUCUCGAUCCAAUUCAGCAACAUCUCGGCCGAGGCAGACUUGAUUCCUUACCUAAACACGACGAGGACGUACCUUGGGAGGCCGUGGAAACAGUACUCGAGGACGGUUUUCCUGCAGAACUACAUGAGCAACGUGGUGAGACCAGAAGGUUGGCUCGAGUGGAACGGCGAUUUCGCUUUGGACACACUAUUCUACGGCGAAUUCAUGAACUAUGGCCCUGGGUCCGGGCUCGGGGGACGAGUUAAAUGGCCCGGUUACCGAGUGUUUAACGACUCGGCUCAGGCUAACAACUUCACAGUGGCUCAGUUCAUCGACGGAAAUCUCUGGAUCCCUUCGACCGGAGUGAGGUACACUGCUGGUUUGAGCGCUUGAACCCACUUUUGUUUCGGUUCACUCUUUUAAAGUCUUGUCGGAUGCUUUUGUUAAUCUUAUUCUUUUGUAUUUGGAUUGUGUUUUCUUGUGGUCUCAAGUGAUUUCGUUGCUUGGGGAGAAAUCCCUGAAGAGUAAAAUAGAAAGUAAUUUAAAUU